GGCGCCCUGUAAGCGGUGUGAAACUUGUCAUACGCGUGUGUGAUGUUAUGUGGCAUCAGUAAGAAGCUUUGCGCUGAUAUGUAUAAUAUCGAUUACGGUGAAAGGAUCACACAGUAUUUGUAUUGGUCCAGAUUGUUUGUGUCAGUGAUCGAUUGUUUAUGUCUCUCCAAGGUCCUAGAGUCAUGCCGAUCACUGUUUGGAGGGUUUGUGUGUCCCCGCUGAGACAGGCGUGGGGUGCCCAGCUCAUCAGGGUCAGCGUCCGUAGUCUGUUUAGUGAAACAGGUGUGUGGGAGCGAGACUACAAGGCCGAGACCCGGCGCAAAGUAGAACAAUGGUGGCACGGACGAAUCCAGGAACAGUGGCAAAGGGAUGAGGUGGACCAGAUCUCCCAGAAGAAGUUCUACGUUCUCUCUAUGUUCCCGUAUCCAUCAGGCCGUCUACACAUGGGUCACGUUAGGGUUUACACCAUCAGCGAUACCAUCGGCCAUUUCCAGAGGAUGAGAGGCCAUCAGGUGUUGAAUCCAAUGGGUUGGGAUGCCUUUGGUCUUCCUGCUGAGAAUGCCGCAAUUGAGCGAGGCCUGGAUCCAGAGGAAUGGACCAAAAGUAACAUUGAGUCGAUGAGGAAACAGCUAGACAGUCUAGGACUCUGCUUUAAUUGGGACCGGGAGAUCACCACCUGCCUGCCUGACUAUUAUAAAUGGACUCAAUAUCUGUUUGUAAAACUGUUUGAGGCUGGCUUAGCCUACCAGAAAGAGGCGCUGGUAAAUUGGGAUCCAGUGGAUCAGACAGUUCUCGCAGAUGAGCAGGUGGAUGAGAGCGGAUGCUCGUGGAGGUCUGGAGCCCCUGUUGAACAGAAGCUUCUUAAACAAUGGUUCAUCAAAACCACCAACUUUGCCAAGCCCCUGCUGGAUGCUUUGGUUCAUCUUCCAGAAUGGUAUGGUGUCAAAGGCAUGCAGGCCAAUUGGAUUGGAGACUGUUCAGGGUGCUUUUUCAACCACACAUUAAAGGUUGAUGGUCAGGACACAGGGGAAGUGUUAUCUGCAUACACCUGUUCUCCAGAGGCUGUGUUUGGAGCUGCCUAUGUUGCAAUCCUGCCCUCCCACCGCCUGCUACAUGGGUCCUCUCCUCUCAAAACAGCUCUGCUCAAUGCUCUGAGACCUGGGAGAGAUAGCCUGACUGGGGUCACCGCCCUCAACAUGUUCACUGGUCGUGAGGUUCCAGUAGUUAUAUCUGCCAAAAAUGAGUUCCAGGGACAUCUGGACACAGUGAUGGGCAUCCCAGAUAGCAGUGAAGAGGAUGCAGAAUUGGCUCGGUCUCUGGGUGUGAGCUGGAGCUCUGUUUUGAAGACAGAUGAAGAUGAAUCUCAGACUUUAAUAAACUCAGCUGAGUUUACAGGUCAAAACCGACAAGAAGCUUUUAACUCCAUUACCCAAAAAGCCCAGGAGAGGAAAGUUGGUGGAUACCUCACUAGUACAAAGCUACGUGAUUGGUUAAUUUCGAGACAGCGUUACUGGGGCACGCCCAUUCCCAUAGUUCAUUGCGGUUCAUGUGGGCCCGUAGCAGUUCCAGAAGAGGACCUACCAGUCAUUCUACCAAAAAUACCCUCCCUCACCGGGAAAGGGGCGUCACCUUUAAAGAUGGCACAGGAUUGGCUGAGAUGCCAAUGUCCUAGGUGUAAAGGUCCUGCGGAGAGAGAAACGGACACCAUGGACACAUUUGUCGACUCAUCCUGGUACUAUUUUAGAUACACUGACCCACACAACCUGCUGAGGCCUUUCGAUCGCUCUCAGGCAGAUCAUUGGAUGCCGGUGGAUGUUUACAUUGGUGGAAAGGAGCAUGCCGUCAUGCAUCUGUACUAUGCCCGCUUCCUCAGUCACUUCUGCAAAGAGCAGGGCAUGGUUUCACAUAGGGAGCCCUUCAAAAAGCUUCUGGUACAGGGUCUAAUAAAGGGGCAGACAUUUAGGGUGGCAGAGACCGGUCAGUACCUGAAGAAAGAUGAGAUUGAUUUCACAGGACUGGAGCCUGUUCACAAAGUCACGGGGAGCCGACUGCAGGUGACGUGGGAGAAGAUGAGUAAAUCUAAACACAACGGCGUGGACCCACAGGAGGUCGUGCAGCAGUACGGUAUCGACACCAUGCGGCUGUACGUUCUGUACGCUGCUCCACCUGAGCAAGAUAUCUUAUGGGAUGUCAAGACUGAUGCCAUCCCAGGGGUGUUAAGAUGGCAGGCCCGUUUGUGGGGGCUGCUCACCAAACUACGAAGUGUACGGGAAGGUCAAGAGACGCCCAACCCUUCUAUCCUGAACAAGAGAGAGCGCUCAGAAGCCAAGAAGAUUUGGGAGAACAAAAACUACACAAUCACACAGGUCACGGAUCACUUCACAGAGGACUUCCUGUUUAACGCAGCCAUCUCUCGGCUGAUGGGUCUGACCAACACACUUUCUCAAGCUUCAUCUCGAGUAGUUCUGCACAGUGUGGAGUUUGAGGAGGCUUUGGCAUCGCUCUGCAUCAUGGCUGCACCCAUGUGUCCACAUUUAGCUUCUGAACUCUGGACAGGUUUGUCUCAGGCGAGGAAUCCUUUAGGAACCAUGAGGAAGGGAAAUGUCCUUCAGCAGCCGUGGCCUAGUGUCGACCCAGAGUACCUACAAACCCCUGACACGCUCCAGGUUUCUGUACGGAUCAAUAACAAGAUGUGUGGAAGUGUUUCUGUACCUCGUGAGGUGGCCCAAGAUACACAGAAGGUUCAAAAACUGGUGCUGGAAAGUCCUCUGGGGGUUCGCCUUCUCUCUGACCGCAUCAUUAAGAAAGCUAUCCUUUCCCCCAGGACUGCCCUUAUCAACUUCCUGGUAGAUGAAUGACACAAUGAAUCAAUGUGCCUCAUAAGGGUUUAGGUAUCCGCAUGAACUGCCUGUGAAAAGCCAAAGACUCUAUAUUCAUGAAGACACCCAUGAACAAUGGUGGAACAAUUUAUUUAAAAGAGGAACAAAAAGACACGUCUUCAUUGAAUUAUUUAUAUUUAAGGAGAAAUUGUUGUCUACUUUUAUUAACUUGACAACGACUGCUCUUUGCUGCUAAAUAAAGAGUAUUUUAGCUGUUUUUAGGUUGUUGGGAUACCCAGCCGAACAUGAUUUGUCCCAUCGUUUCGUCCAGCUCCACCUCUCGGCUCUUGUCACCUCAGAUUCCAGGACAGUCUAAUAGUGUCAGUGCUGUGCGCCGAGCUAUUUCUGAAUACCCACUUUUAGCCUGGCAUUAAAACACCUCUAACAGACCUGCAUUACUGCCUGAAAAGGAGAUAUGAAGACCAUGCUGUGCUUGCAGACAACAGUCUCAUAACCAACAACUAACCUAAUGAGACCCUCAUUUAGUUAACUCACUGCAUUCCUUAUGUCCGUCACCUAAUCACCUACUGGUUAUAAAUACUGUUCAGAUAAGUAGCCGUUGUGGCCAUAACUAGACAAGUCAAGCACGCAGAUUGGAUCCCUUGCACACUUCAUGUUGUGCACGUUUAUGAUACAUAAAUGGUACAUUUUCAAGCUUACCGUUAUAUAUCACCAAUAUUGGACAUUCUGUCUAAAACAUUUAGUCUUUGUUCUUCAUAGAAGCCAGAGGGUCAUACAUAGCAACUAUGGUGUGCAGGAAGGCCUUUCAGAAUUACAAAAUAUGUUCUUUGCCCCAUUUCUGUAGCUCAGUAGGUGGAGCAUUGCAUAAGCAGCGCAAACGUCAUAUGUUUGAUCCCAUAAAACACCAAACACAAAAUUUACGGUUUGAAUGCAAUGUGAAUGACUUUGGAUAAAUUAGUAUUCCAAAUUUAUAAAUGUAUAAAAAACAUUUAUUUAUUAUAUGCAUAAAAAGAUAGCAAGUGUAAAAGUAGGCCUUCAGUCAUGAGAAAUUUCACGGCAGCCAUGUUUGUUGUUUGUUUGUUGUUGUUUUUUUGUGUUAAACUGUAUUUGUCUAGGUAUAGAUGAAUAAUAAUAAGUGUUGUGUACAUGUUAAUAACAUUCCGUGAGCGUCAAACGUGAUUGUUUCCUCCUUCUUAUGUAAACCUUAAAAGACUGCUAGAAAACAGACUAACAUAACACAAACUGUGACGUUACAGUCGAGAUGUACGCCCCCAACAUUAAAUUACACAUUCAAUUAAUUACAAAGUUAUGACUGCCGACUCGUGCCGAGUUGGCACUGUAUGCUAGUUAAUGUUAUGCUAGCGUUUAGGCUAAAGGGUACUAUUGACGUAACAGUUACGUUUUGCAAGUCCAUACUGAAAAAACACAAACUUACCACUCAGAAACCAUAAACAAAUAUAUUCCUCAAAAUCUGCAUCUUCGUUUGAUACAGGCUGAAACAAGGUCUUUUUACACACACACACACACAGCUACUCAAAUGAGCCAAUCAGAGCAGAGCUCAACAUUAUUAUUCAUGACUCUUUCAAACAAAGUAAUAAUAGAUCUUUUCAUUCUACAAGCAAAUCCUAGGGUUGUAAAUGGACAUAUAAAAACAUCUCUGGUCAUGUUUAAGCCACAUAUCUUCUAUGUAUAUAUCAGAUAACAAUUAAAAAUAUUAUUUCAAUGCAUUCUUUGGCAAGUUUAGGGUGAUUCAUUAUUUUUUUUUCAAUUACAGUCAGUACUUCAGUGUGUAUGAAAGCAAAAAUGUUAAGCAUUUGUGGGGGUGAGUGAAAUUUGAUUCCUGUAUUUAUCAUUAGGAACGUCAUGACUAGGGGCUUUAUAACAACACACCAUACCCUACUUGGAGACAAACCAAGCAGUUAUACUGUAUUAAUAGUCUUUUUCAAGUAUCCCAUUUACUUCAUGUAUUUCAGCAAACUGACACACAGUCUUGCAACACCCAGUCUUUCAGUCUUGCAUGUGUAAUGUUCUCAUUAUAUUGGCCUACAGAAGACUACGUAGUUCUGUCUCCAGAACCCAACCCACUGACAACCUAUAAUGUCUUACCGCCUCAAGAAAUGCCAGUGAACUUCACAAGUUGAGUGAUUGACCUUCCCAGAAAGCAUCAGAGAAAAAGUUUUAAGCAUGUCAGUGAACAAAGUUAAAGACUAGCACAAAAGUAGCAUUUCAUGUCAAAUCGAGUGCCUUUAAGGGUGUUGGUCCAAGGACACUAGAGAUAACACAGGACGUCUAUUGUUAAACAAUGUUUUUUACCAUGUUACUCAGUGACCACACAUAAGUCAUUCAUGAAAUCAAUCCCUUUCCACUGUCCCUUAUGGGAGCUUUGUGUAAGUGACUCACUUGUAAAGCCAUCAUUUUCUUGAAGUAACACAUUCCUCAGAAAUUUGACCUUACAUAUAAAGGAAGGUUUUGUUCUCCAGAUGUGAAUUGUAUUCUUGCAUAUUCUUUUGUUUUGCACAUGAGUGUGUUAAACCACUUAAAACACCUAACUUAGCAAAACCCUAAAAUUGUGGUGGCAAAUUGAGCACAUGCAAAUCUCACCCUUUGGUUUAGAAAAUAUAGGCCACAACUGUACUUAUCCUGGUUAAGUGUUUAUAGCAGCUGGGUAAUGAGUAAGAUGUAGAGCAGUGUGCUUUUCGGGGAGAGCAUUUCUGCCCCUCUUCGGCUCCCGCUCCUCAUGUCGCUUUGAAAGACUGCGGUUUCGGGGGAAAGUAGAAAAUGCUUGUCUUGAGGUUGAGAUAAAAGUAAAUUACCUCAAAAUAAAGCUGUUAAUAUACUAUCUCUAAUGCACACUGUAAAAAUUAUGUGUUGCAAAAAGUCAUUUAAACUUUUUUGACUAGUUAUAUUAUAGAUUAUGGACUAGUUGCUACAAAUUAUAAAAAUAAAGCCCAUUCAACUUGUUUUAUUUAUAUCAACUUCUUACUAGUUAAGAAAGUUUAAAUUACUUGUUUAAGUCAAGUUGUUAAAACGAAAAAUGUAAGUGCAACAAGGAUUUAUUUUACAGUGCAGUUGUUUGUGAUUUUUGGUAAAUGUGACGUGUUAUUUACUGGAAAAAAAAUUCUUAGUUAAAUGAACAAUAAACAUUAACAGGUCAUUGGAUUUAAAGAAUAAAACUACAAAAACGGCCCCAUUAUGGGUAACAGAAAUCCUCAUCAAACUUUUUCUGUUUUUUUUCCUUUAGAUUUUGGUUCCCAGAAUGCUUUGCAUGAGACUGUUAUUUUAGUUUUAUUCUGUAAAGACUUGUUGAUGUUUAAUGAUCGU